CACUGCCCGCCGCUAACAAAGGGAGCCGGCUACAGACCGGCUUGGGCGCGGAGCGGGCUGCACACACGGAGCGGGCGGAGCUGCAGCAGCCUGCGCGCUUCGGGGCGCAGCCAGCAGGGGUAGAGCCAAUUGUGCAGAGCUCUGCAGCAAGCAGCCUAGAGAGAAGCAGUGGAUGUCAUGGAGCCCAGCUGAAACGAAGUGGUCCCUGGGAGCCUGACCUAAGCCCUGGUGCCAGCCCUCCAUCCCAGCACUGAGAUGUUUUUUGAUCAUCCUGAGAGGAAUGAGCCUAGGCCUCCAGAUCCAAUAAAGAGAACCUGUCACCCAUGGAGAGUAGUGCUACUUCCUGAGGACUUGGAAGGCCUGCAGCCCACCGGGAAGUAGCCCGAAGCAGGCUCGUUCUCCUGCUCAGAUUGGAGUGGCUUCUCUCAACACAUCGUUCAUUAUGAUUCAUACCAACUUGAAGAAAAAAUUCAGCUGCUGUGUCCUGGCUUUUCUCCUGUUUGCUGUCAUCUGUGUGUGGAAAGAAAAGAAGAAAGGAAGUUACUACGAUUCUCUUAAAGUGCAAACCAAGGAAUUCCAAGUACUGCAGAGUCUGGAGAAACUAGCCAUGGGGUCUGGCUCCCAGUCUGUGUCUUCAGGCAGCACUCUCAAGACCCCACUCAGGGGCGGCCAGGCCCUCAGCAGCCCCAGGGCCCCGGCCAAGGCCAAACCAGAGACCUCCCCCUUCCAGGUGUGGAACAAGGACAGCUCAUCCAAAAACCUUAUCCCCAGGCUGCAGAAGAUCUGGAAGAAUUACCUGACCAUGAAUAAGUACAAAGUGUCCUACAAGGGGCCAGGGCCAGGCGUUCAGUACAGCCCAGAGGCCCUGCGCUGCCACCUCCGGGACCAUGUUAAUGUGUCCAUGAUAGAGGCCACAGAUUUUCCCUUCAACACGUCUGAAUGGCAGGGUUACCUGCCCAAGGAGAACAUCAGGACCAAGGCUGGGCCGUGGGGCAGGUGUGCUGUUGUCUCAUCAGCUGGAUCUCUGAAGUCCUCCCAGCUGGGCCGAGAAAUAGAUGGUCAUGAUGCAGUCCUGAGGUUUAAUGGGGCUCCCACAGCCAACUACCAACAAGAUGUGGGCACAAAAACUACCAUUCGCCUGAUGAACUCUCAGCUGGUCACCACCGAAGGGCGCUUCCUCAAGGACAGUUUGUACAAUGAAGGAAUCCUGAUUGUGUGGGACCCCUCUGUGUACCACGCAGAUAUCCCCAAGUGGUACCAGAAUCCCGACUACAAUUUCUUCAGUAACUACAAGAGCUACCGCAGGCUGCACCCCAAUCAGCCCUUUUACAUCCUCAAGCCCCAGAUGCCUUGGGAACUGUGGGACAUCCUCCAAGAAAUCUCCCCGGAAGAGAUUCAGCCAAACCCGCCGUCUUCCGGCAUGCUUGGCAUCUUCAUCAUGCUGACGCUGUGUGACCAGGUGGAUAUUUACGAGUUCCUCCCGUCCAAGCGCAGGACUGACGUGUGCUAUUACUACCAGAAGUUCUUCGACAGCGCCUGCACCUUGGGCGCCUACCACCCACUCCUCUUUGAGAAGAACUUGGUAAAGCAUCUCAACGAGGGCACGGACGAGGACAUUUACCUGUAUGGGAAAGCCACCCUGCGUGGCUUCCGGGGUAUCCACUGCUGAGUGGGGGCAGGGGGCCAGGUCUCCUCCCUCUCCUCCAUCGGGCAUCGUAUGACUGGUUUCAUGGCCACCCCAGCCUCCGAUGACAGUUUUCCUGAACUCUCCCAGCCUGCUCCUUGCACUCUGUGGCUUUCUGUGAGCAAGAGCUUGGGGGCUUCGGGAGCCUGGGGGAAGGAACCAGCUCUGGCCAUCCCUGUAGGCACAGAGAGUGUGGAGCCCCACCCUCCUCCUGUCACAUGGAUGAGCCAGCAUCAUCUCCAGAUAGCAGCCUGCCCUCCUUCCACGUGGGUAGAUGCCAGACCCAACUUUUCUGCCAGGACUGCCAAGGCUUAGCCAAGGUUUUGCCCAACUGAAUGAUGUUAAUCUCACAAACCAGCACUCUGUGUGGCCAGAAAUCAGCACCUGGAUAUUGAUUUCGUGUUUCAAGAGCUCUCAGAAAUUAUGGUUGUACGAGGUGCAGGCUGGCUCUAGAGGGGACAAGCCAUUGGUACAGGGCAUGAGAAACACGUUCAGUUCCUCCAGAGCAAAGUUGCUGCCAGGGUCCCUGCCUGUGGCUCACAUUCCUGUCACUCCAGCUGGUUGGGUUGGUCCCUAGCCUGGGUGCUUGUGAGCAAAGGGUUUGGAGUGGCUCUCUGCUGUCAGGUGGAGAGGGAAGGUGUGGAAAGAUACAGCUCCUGUCCUGGAGUUGUUCCCUGCUGAGCGCGAGAGGCUGACAUCUAAGCAGGCAGUGGAGUCAGUGGACUUGGUGCACGUGGGCUUAUAGACAAGGGCUUGGUGUCUGUGUACCCGACAGGGGCACACUCUAACUGUGUCUGUGCAUGGUAAAUGGCUUCAGGGCUAGACCCUGGAGUGGGUCCUAGAGGGAGAGAGAAGCAUGUCAAACAGAUUAUGUCUGCCUCAGUUCAGCUGUGUUUUCCCUUCUUCCUCUGUCCAACUGGAUCAUUGUCGAAGAUUCCAGAUCUUUUAGAUUGACGUCACUCUCAGAACCUGAGAGAGCCUGGCUGGUCCUCACAAGGUGGGAGGUGUGUGGUGUCACUGCCAUGUCCUCCGCCCAGCCUGUAAAGGGAGUGACAUCAGAAUCCCCCAGCAGAGGCCAGCCCGCUAGGACUGCAGACUUGGUCCUCAGUGACUUUGCUAAGCCCUCGCCCCUUUUUGGGAACCCACAGUGGACCUGUCAGGGCCCUGGUGCAGAGAUUGAAUAGCUUGCUCAAGGCCACAGAGUAGAGCAAGUCCCAAGAGUCCCCUGUCUGGAUUCCCAAGGCCAGCCCCACAUGCUCAAGGGACCCUGGUAUUUAAGCUUCAAACCAACCAUCUUGCACCUGGGUUACUCAUGUGCCGCUAAACCCUUGGCUUACAUGGGUAACAGAAAAAGCACUGGAGUGGGAAGUCCCGAGUUUUCAAUUUGAUGCACCUCUACUUACCAGAUGUGCCAUUUUGGGAAAAUCCUGUUCCCUGAGCCUCUGUUUCUACAUCUAUAAAAUGGGGUGAUGAUCCUACCUCACAGGGCUGUUGUGAGGAUUGCAUCAAAGCCCCUGUCCUGGCUCAGUACUGGUGUUCAGUACUUACUGGUUUCCUUCCUUUCUUUAUGAAGGACUUACUCUGUGCGUACACCUGGGCUGGACCCUGCUGUACGGGAGCGCAGGAUGGGGAUAGAAGUGGGGGCCCUGUCCUCAGAAUUGGGAGACAACAGCUACCCCCAAGGAAUACCCAUGGAACCCUUUGAGGUGGUUGACCACGAGCCUCUUCCUCACUGCCUGCAGCCCGUAUAGGAAUGGGUGGGGCAUCUGGGUUGCUUACCUGCUAUUUGGGACAAGCCUUGGACCCUUCUCUGGGCCCAUAGAUUCCUGGCUUGCUUCAUGUUCUGAUGCGACUCGUGGUGACCUGGAAUCAUGGCCACUGAGUGCCAAUGGGGGAGGUGGGGCACAGCCCAUCAGCAGGAGGUAUGUUGGUGUGGAGACUGAGACUACACUGGGUAGAAUCUAGUUGUUAAUUGUUAUUAUUAAUAUAAGGGAUCAAAUUAAUUUAAGUAUGAUUCUGAGGUCUACAGGGCUUACAGUUCUGUGCUCUCUAAAUGUGGAAACUUUGAUAAAAUGCACAUAAGAUAUGGGUAUUAUUGUUGGUCUGGUGAGGUGUUUGAUCUAUGUGACAGAUGAUUUUAAGAUUAUUACUGCUGUUGCAGGAAAGCGUCUCUCUACAGAUUCUGUCUUCUUCAGCAGUCACCUGUUCAUCCUGUGUCAUGAGGUUCUCUCCGAUCCUUCUACCGAUCAAAUAAGCUAUUGCUUUUGGUUUGGAGUUGAGACAUUGAUCUCCGAAACUUCUGAAACAUGCCUAAGCUAAUUCUGAAUUACCCAAAGAUUAUGUACAAUUUUAAAAUAAAUGUGUUUUUUUAA